UGGAUUAAUAACUGAUCCAACCCCACAUUUUACCACACGCUCUGUGGCUCUGUACACGAGAAGCCAAGCCCCAAUGGCCAUUUGUGGCACCCUCCUCCGUACAAGCAGCCAAGUCUCUAGACAUCUCCUCCGCAACUUCUCCACUACUGCCAACCCGCCCUCCCACCGCAACAACCACCAACACACCCACGAGUUCCUGCAGCCCAAUGACUUCGUUGGCAGCUGGUGGCACUCCGACCCUCCCAAGGACCCCAAGGAUGCCGAGCGCAGGCUCGCUCUUCUCCGCCGCGACUAUGCCAAGCAGGUCAAACUGAUCCGCAAGGAGUAUAUUCACGAGGUUGAGCUCAUGCGCCUCGAGCAGCAGCGCAAGGACGAGGCCCACAGAGAAGCGCUUAGGCUCGCCAUUGAGGAAAAGAAAAAGCUUAAGGCCGAGGCCGCCAAGCUCCGAGCCCAGGAGCGCAAGGCCGCCCUCGAAGAGUUCCGCCAAACCCUUUUGAAAGAAAGAACUGAGAAACUUGAAAAUUGGAGGAUGAAAGAAAAAAGAAAGGUAGAGAAGAAGAAAGAGAAGAAUGAGCUGCUACGCCGCCAAAGUUCCUUGUGGAUUGAUGAACCUGAGCUGGAGAAGAAGCUACUGCAGGCUAUUGUUGAUAUGAUACGCCUCUGAGUCCCUCUCGGUUACUUAAAUUUUUUUUAUGGAUGACGCAACUUUAGCUUGUACUUCGAAUAUAGGGUUAAAUCCAUCAAGGGUAAGUACGUUUUAAAAACAUUUUGAGAUAUCAACCCAAUUUAAGCUAGAUAUGCUGCCUGAGUGUGUUUCUGUAGGUACGUUGUAGCCUCUCCUCUUUUAUGCGGGAUUUGAUUGAAGAGGGUGGUUAAAUUUCUCUUGGCAAAAGAGGAAAGCUAGAUGUCCUUUUCUUUGCGUUGUUCUCUA